AUGAUCACCACUAUAGUUGUUGUCUUGGUUAUCCUCUACUUUGCCAGAAGUAUAUAUAAUGACUUUAUUGCAAAUAACAACGAUCCAUUGUCGAAUCAAGGUCAAGAGGCAACCAUUGUGGAGGGUAAAUUUACUCCAAAAUCAUUAGCCAAGUACAAUGGGAAGGACCACGCAAAGAUAUUUAUUGCUGUGAAGAACAGAGUGUUUGAUGUGAGCCAGGGUGCAGCAUUCUAUGGACCAGGUGGACCCUACGAGAAUUUUGCUGGCAGAGACGCUUCACGAGGCUUGGCUUUGAAUUCAUUUGACCCUGCUGUUUUGACACCCUUGGACCAGCCAAUUGAUGAUUUGAAGGAUUUGUCAAAAUUGGAGAAGGAAUCUUUAGAACAAUGGGAGGAGCAUUUCGAAAAUAGAUACAAAGUUGUGGGCUCCUUACAUGAAAACGGAACUGUUCCAGAAGAGGCCCAAAGUCUUUGA